AUGCCCAAAGUAAAGCCACCGAAGAAGCCAAAAUCGCAAAAUGGCAUUGUCAAACAAGGGAUUGUGUUUAACAAAGAUUUCGGUCAACAUAUUUUAAAGAAUCCUCUAAUAAUAACAUCAAUGUUAGACAAAGCUGGUCUUAGAUCUACAGAUGUAGCCCUAGAAAUCGGUCCGGGUACUGGUAAUAUGACUGUAAAGCUGCUAGAAAUCGUCAAGAAGGUGAUCGCUUGUGAAAUAGAUACGAGAUUGGUAGCAGAAUUACAAAAAAGAGUACAAGCUACUCCUUUACAGUCUAAGCUGCAAAUCAAAGUCGGCGAUGUCCUGAAAAGCGAGUUACCCUUUUUUGAUGUAUGCGUAGCCAAUGUUCCCUACCAAAUAUCUUCGCCAUUGGUAUUUAAACUUCUGUUACACAGACCAUUCUUCAGGUGUGCCGUGCUAAUGUUCCAAGAGGAAUUCGCGCAAAGAUUAGUCGCCAAAGCAGGCCAUAAAUUGUAUUGUAGAUUAUCAGUAAACACUCAGCUACUCGCACGAGUAGAUAUGUUAAUGAAAGUGGGAAAAAAUAAUUUUAGGCCUCCCCCGAAAGUGGAGUCUGCUGUGGUGAGGAUAGAACCCCGCAAUCCGCCGCCUCCUAUAAAUUAUACAGAAUGGGACGGUUUGACUAGGAUAGCUUUUACUAGGAAAAAUAAAACGUUAGGAUCAGUAUUUAAACAAACUGCGGUGUUGGCUGCUUUAGAAAAGAAUUACAAACUUCAUUGCAGUUUAAAUAAUAAAGAAUUGCCUAACGAUUUUGUGUUGAAAGAUAAAAUAGAAGAAAUUUUAACGAAAGAAGGAGCUGACAAAAAGCGAGCCCGAACAAUGGAUAUCGAUGAUUUUAUUUCCUUAUUACACGCCUUUAAUUCAGAAGGAAUGCACUUCUCGUAA